GGAAAGAUAUGUGCUAAGUCUAUAAAGCUGUGCAGGUGGCACAGCCGAGAAGAGAGAAUUGGGGAAACGAGGAAGGUUCCAUGAGAUGACUUGAGCUGCGGAAACCUUUGGCAGAGGAAAAGGGCUUCAGUUUUAAAUGCUGGGCUUCAUCACCAGGCCUCCUCGCCAACUCCUGUCCCUUCUGUGUAUCGGAUACCGAUUACCUCGAAGCUCAGUACUUUGUACUCAGCACAGGCCCAGAGCCAUGGCGGUGUCCACAUCAACUUCCUGGGAGCUGCCCCUGGUGGCUGUGUGCCAGGUAACAUCAACCCCAAACAAGAAAGAGAACUUUAAAACAUGUGCUGAGCUGGUUCUCGAGGCAGCCAGACUGGGUGCUUGCCUAGCUUUUCUGCCUGAGGCAUUUGACUUCAUUGCGCGAAAUCCUGCCGAGACAUUACAACUGUCUGAGCCACUGGAUGGGGACCUUAUGGAACGAUAUAGCCAGCUUGCCAGGGAAUGUGGAAUCUGGCUGUCCUUGGGUGGAUUCCACGAGCGUGGCCAAGACUGGGAGCAGACUCAGAAAAUCUACAAUUGCCAUGUGCUUCUGAACAACAAGGGGCUAGUAGUGGCCCAGUACAGGAAGACACAUCUGUGCGACGUGGAGAUCCCAGGCCAAGGGCCCAUGCGGGAAAGUAACUCUACCAUGCCUGGACGCACUCUUGAGCCACCCAUCAGCACACCAGCAGGCAAGGUGGGUUUAGCAAUCUGUUAUGACAUGCGGUUCCCUGAACUUUCUCUGAAAUUGGCUCAAGCUGGGGCAGAAAUACUUACUUAUCCUUCAGCCUUUGGAUCGGUUACUGGACCUGCCCACUGGGAGGUGUUGCUGCGGGCCCGAGCCAUUGAAUCUCAGUGCUAUGUAAUAGCGGCAGCACAGUGUGGACGCCACCACGAGACAAGAGCAAGUUAUGGCCACAGCAUGGUGGUGGACCCCUGGGGUACGGUGGUGGCCCGCUGCUCCGAGGGACCAGGCCUCUGCCUUGCCCGAAUUGAUCUCAACUUUCUGCGACAGAUGUGCCAACACCUGCCUGUGUUCCAGCAUCGCAGACCGGACCUGUAUGGCAGUCUGGGUCAACCGCUGUCUUAAGCCUUGUGACUUCUGCUGGGGUUGAGACACACACAGACAUACUCAGCUGUGAAGUGAGGCCACUGUGACUUGCAGGCAGGACCCAAGCACAGUUCUCUCACUUGCAGAACCUUAAACUCUUAAUGGAACACAGGUUCAGGUUCAUGGGAAAGAAGAAACUUUGAUCUGAUCUCAGAUUUCAGUUUCAGAAAAGUAAAAUUUUAUAUAGUCAGUGUUUAUUUCAUGAAAACUGAAGUUACGCUGAAGGCUGAGCAGCACUGGCAUUGAAAAAAAUAUAAUAAUCAUAAUGUC